AUGUUGCUAUUGUUCAGUGCAGGUUAUGCCUGUGAAUCGCAAGAAGCAGUUCUCGCGGCGCUGGAUUCUCUUGAAUCCGAUGGUUUUGGUCGUCUUUCAGCAUUGAUCUCAGUGACAGCAGCUCACGCUUUUGUGCAUUUCUCACCGCUUACACUUUUUCUCAUAUAUCGAAUUUUUCUGAAACGUUUAGUGAGGAAGAAGAUUAAAAUGUACUCAUUUGUUGCCCAUGUUGCACCAUCCAUAUUCAUCUGA